CGAGUUGCAUGCAACAGAGGAGGCGGAGAAAGAAAGGAAGGCCGAAAGUCAGGGCCACAUUCGCAGUCACUGUAAACGAGUUAGAUGAUUUGUGUUUCAUUCAUUGACUUUAAAUAAAAAACGUUAAAUAUACAGUUGUACGCAGAAUCGCUCCCGUCUAGCGCGGGCCAUGCUGUCCUAGCAAAGGUAAUGAGCCGCAGCGCCCACAAACUGCAGCGGAGCUGGAAUGACUGGCAGCCCAGAGGCGACAGUGCAUCAGCCAGCCAGGACAGUGUAAAGCUCAGUGUCCUGAGAGAUCACGGCCCAUUAGCAUCUUAUAACACUCCGCUGGCCAACCCACCCAUCAUCCUUCCACAGCAGAAUGAAGCUGUCGGAGCCUCAGAGGUUCAUGAAGAUGAGAGUAGGUGUGGAUUUGAAGUCGAUGGAGGUCCUGCUGAAAAUGCUUUUGGUCGGAAGUCGCUGGGGCAAGAGUUGAGGGUUAACGAUGUGACAACGGAUUUAACCAGUUUUCAGCAUGGAAAUCGUGCUUUAGCUACAAAGGACAUGAGGAAAUCACAGGAUCGAUCAUUGCCUUACUCUGAUGAGUCUCGGCUGAGCAACCUACUGCGGAGGGUGUCCCGGGAAGAUGACAGGGACCGCAGACUGGCCACUAUGAAGCAGCUGAAAGAGUUAAUUCAAUAUUCGGAAAACAAAGUGGUCCUAGUGAAACAGUUAGACAGUAUCCUGGCUGCUAUACAUGAUGUUUUAAAUGAAAGCAGUAAGCUUCUCCAGGAGCUGCGUCAGGAGACCGCGUCCUGCCUGGGCCUCCUCUGCACUUCCCUUAGCUAUGAAGCAGAGAGGAUCUUCAAGUGGAUUUUUGCCAAGUUCAGCUCCUCUACGAAGGACGAAGUGAAGCUGCUGUACCUGGUGGCUGCCUACAAAGCGCUGGAGACUGCAGGGGAGAAGAAGGCGUUUUCACCAGUCAUGCAGCUUGUGAUGAGCAACCUGCAGUCUAUCCUUGAGAACCUGGAUACCCCAGAGCUGCUGUGUCAGAGUGUGAAAUGCAUUCUGCUGGUGGCUCGUUGUUACCCGCACAUCUUCAGCACCAACUUUAGGGACACUGUGGAUAUCCUGGUUGGGUGGCAUAUUGAUCACACACAGAAGCCUUCACUCACGAUGCAGGUGUCGGGCUGGCUACAAAGUCUGGAGCAGUUCUGGGUGGCAGAUCUUGGCUUUUCCACUACCCUGCUGGGGCAGUUCUUGGAAGACAUGGAGGCGUAUGCAGAGGACCUAAGCCAUGUGGCGUCUGGAGAGUCUGUGGAUGAAGACAUCCCCCCGCCCUCGGUGUCACUGCCCAAGCUGGCAGCCCUGCUCCGCGUCUUCAACACUGUGGUGCGCAGCAUCGGGGAGAGAUUCAGCUCUUUCCGCGGCCCUCCCAUCACAGAGCCAUAUGUAACUGAUGUGCUGAAUCGAGUGUUGACCUGCGUCACCACAGCCAAGCAAGUGUUUUUUUCGGAGGCGGUCUUGACUGCAGCCAAUGAGUGUGUUUGUGUGCUGCUGGUGAGCGUGGACAUGGGUGUGAGCAAACUCACUGAUGCUGUGAUAUUAUAUGGCUUCAACCAGCUGGAGAGCUGCCAAGCCUGUGGACCAGAGUACAGCAUCUCCGUUCUCAACCUGCUUAUGCUGAUUGUAGAUCAUAUAAACACCAAUCUACCAUCCUCAUUCGUUGAGAAGCUUUUUGCACCAGAUUCACAAUUGCUUGAGCUGCGGUUCCACCGGGAGAAGGAGGUGACCUCUGCAGCUCACGGCGUAUACCAGGCAGUCCUGAGCUUAAAAAACAUCCCUGUCCUGGAGGCGGCAUACAAACUGGUGCUGGGAGAGAUGGGCUGUGCACUAAACAGCCUGCUGAGACCCCUGGGUCUACCCCCAGCCUGCCCCAACAUCCAGCAUGCAGCCUUCAGUGGUACCAAGUUCAACCAGGAGAGAGCAGAGUUUAUCCUCAUCUUUGACCUCAGCGCCCUCACUACCAUCGGCAACACCAAGAACUCUCUUAUUGGGAUGUGGGCACUGUCCCCCACAGUCUUCGCUCUGCUCAGUCAGAAUUUGAUGAUUGUUAAUGGGGAUCUGGCAGUGCAUCACCCUGCUGUUCAGUACGCAGUGCUCUACACCCUAUACUCGCAUUGUACCAGGCACGACCACUUCAUCUCAAGCAGUCUGAGCUCAUCCUCACCUUCCCUUUUUGACGGAGCUGUGAUCAGCACAGUCACUACGGCAACAAAGAAACACUUCAGCAUCCUUCUUAAUCUGCUGGGGGUGCUGCUGAACAAGGAGCAUCUGUACCCUGAGGCCAGGAAACUGCUACUGAUGUGGGCUUUGGAGGUGUCUUUGGUGAUGAAGAAAUCCGAGACGUACGCUCCCCUCUUCUCUCUUCCCUCCUUUCAAAAGUUCUGCAAAGGAUUGCUGGCCAAUGCCCUGAAUGAAGAUCCUUCAGUUUGCCUCCAGACCUGCAGCAGUCUCCAGGUCCUCUCACCUUCCCUCUCUGCUGAGCUGCUGCAAAAGUGUGUGGAUGUGUGUCGAGUCCAGUUGGUGCACUCUGCUGUGCGGGUUAGACAGGCUUUCGGGAAGCUGCUGAAGACAAUCCCGCUGGAUGUUACACUGAGUAACAGCGGACACACAGAGAUUCAGGGUAUCUCGCUGGCCAUCCGGGGUCACAUGAGUAAGGCUCCCAGCAACACCUUCCACCCUCAAGACUUCUCUGACCUCAUCAGCUUUAUUCUGUAUGGGACAGUUCACCGUGGAGGGAAAGAGCCCUGGUUGGAAAAGCUGUACCACAGCUGCCAGCGACUAGAGAAGAGAGAUGCCACACCCAUCCCCCGUGCCCUGAUGAAGACUGAGGCAGUGCUCUGGCAGUGGGCAGUCUGGGAAGCGGCACAGUUUACUGUCUUGUCCAAACUGCGCACCCCACUGGGACGAGCGCAAGACACUUUCCAGACAAUUGAGGGGAUAAUUCGCAGCCUGGCCGCUCAUAGUUUGAACCCAGAGCAGGAGCUGAGCCAGUGGAGUGGUGGGGAGAGCGACGAGGGUCACCACAGUAACCAGCUGCGGCUUGCGCUGCUGCUGCAGUUCCUCGAGAAUCUGGAGAAGCUCAUGUAUAACGCCUAUGAGGGCUGUGCAAAUGCACUCACCGCGCCACCUAAGGGCAUCCGCACCUUCUUCUACACCAACCGGCAGACAUGCCAGGACUGGCUGACCCGGAUCCGUAUGGCUCUGAUGCGAGUGGGGCUGCUGUCUGGACAGCCUGCGGUAACUGUGCGGCACGGGUUUGACUUGCUCACUGAGAUGAAGAACAGCAACACUCAGGGCCCUGAGAUGGAGGUUCCCAUCAUGAUGUUGGUUGAGGCUUUGUGUGAGCUGCACUGCCCUGAGGCCAUCCAGGGGCUGGCAACCUGGAGCUCUGCCACUGUGGGGAAGAGUCUGGGCUGGAUCAGCUCUGUGGCUCUGCAGGCUGAGGGAAGGUUUGAGAAGGCUGCAGUGGAGUACCAGGAACAGCUCUGUGCCAUCACAGGGGUUGACUGCUCAAUCAAAGGCUUUGACAGGACCCUGCUUAAAGUGGCUAAUGCCAACAGUGGCAAUACUGCUAGCCCCAAGCACACGGGCAACGGAGACUGCAGGAAAACAGUUCUGCUGAAACCCAGCGACUGCUCCUCAGAAGUGGUGAACUUCUUGGCCAACAAGGUGUGCGAGUGCUAUGUGGCCCUCUCUGACUGGUCUUCAGUGCAGGAGUGGCAGAACAGCGUCCUUACCAUGAAGAAAAGCUCCAGCGGUUCUGCCAUCCAGCUGAAAACUGACUUUAACUAUGUCAGGGCUCUGAGCAGUUUUGAAGCUGGAGAUUUUGCUGCGUGCCAUGAACAGCUAGAGCUCCUGCCAGGAGAGGAUGUUGGCCUGCUGAGUUCUUUCAGGGAUAAGCUAGACCUUAAGAAGCUGCUGCCGUGUGUACUCAGUCCAGACCCCACCGAGCUGCAUAAAGCCAUCGAGGUGCAGCUGUUGAGAAGUGCUGUGGGAGUGGUCUCCACUGUUAGUCAUGAUGAGCAAGACCAGAAACCCAUUUCAGAAAACCUGGUGAAGUACCUGAAGCAAACUGCACGCAUCUCCCUUGGCCCUCUGAGGCUGUCCACUUUGACUCUGGCAGGAUCCCUGCCCACCCUUAGUACCCUGCAGCUGCAGUGUGCCACAACCCUGGAGAGCACACUCACAAGCCGCCUUGCUUCAGAGCACUGUCUGAUUCCUCUCUACAGCCAGGCCCUAUGUUCAUGUAAGCAGCAGGAUGUCCAGCCCUGGCUACAUGCCCUCCGGUACACAGUAUUCCAGCGGCAGCUUUCUGCAAAGCUCAAAGGUUCUUCUGCUCCCAUUGGCCCCCAUCUCAUGGAGUUGUGUUUGACUGCUGUGAAGUUUGCUCGGAAACAAGGCAACAUUGCCCUGGCAACCAGGCUUCUGGCACAGUGUAGUGAGGUGCCAGUUGGGGGUGCUGCCACUGGACAGGACCUGGUGCAUCUCUUCAAAUGCCUGUCACUGCAAGGCUCUGUAGUAGAGAAGUGGGGCCCUGAGCUGGACAUUGAGAAGGCAAAGCUGCUGUAUACAGCAGGUCAGUCAGGCUCCGCCAUGGAGAUGCUGAGUUCCUGUGCAAUCUCAUACUGCCAGUCCGGGAGCUAUGAGCAUGCAGCAUCCCGCUCCAUCCUCACGCUGUGUAAAUGGCUGCUGGCAGAGUGGAAAGACCUGACUGGACAGCUGAAGCAGGUGGUGAAGAAACCUCCCUCCUCCACCGGGAUGUCACCCCUCAGCAGAAACAUCGCCACCCUGCUGGAUCUAGAACCUGUGGACCAGACUCUUCCAUGCAUCACAGCUGAGGCCACAGUGAGUGUGGGAGUGGGUGAGCCAGAUUUUGUGCUGGGGCAACUCUACCAGCUGUCAGCAGCACAGGCACCUGAAGUUGCCAAGUCUUGGGCAACCCUGGCCAGCUGGGCUUACAGGUGGGGCCGAAAGGUUGUAGACAACGCCAGCCAAGGAGAGGGGGUCCCCCUACUGCCUGGUGAGAAGAAGGAAGUGGAGGAGCUUCUGCCAAGCAGCACUUCUGAGGACGACAAAGAAACUAUUUACAGCAUUCUGGGGCAGGCCAUGUGUCGGCCUGCAGGCAUACAGGAUGAAGACCUGGCUCUGCAGAACGAGGAGGAUGAGGAGGACGACAUGGUGGAUGUGAUCUGGAGGCAGCUCCUGGGCUCCUGCCCGUGGCUGUCUGAAGUGGAGGAGAGCGUCACGGAGGGGCUUAUCAGAGUCUGGCGCAGAGUAGUCGACCGCAUCUUCGGCCUGUACCGGGUCUCUUGCCGAGCCUACUUCACAUUCCUCAAACUUAAUGCUGGCCAGGUCCCCGUCAAUGAAGACGACCCCAAGCUGCUCCUGAAUCACGAGAACGAAAAGCAGAGCAAUGAUGAUGUGAUUGUCAUGGCUACCCUGCGGCUGCUGCGAUUGCUGGUGAAACAUGCUGGGGAGCUCAGGGAGGGACUUGAGCUGGGACUGGCAUCAACCCCCACCGCUCCUUGGAGAGGUAUAAUCCCCCAGCUUUUCUCCAGACUGAACCACCCAGAGGUUUAUAUCCGGCAGAGUAUCUGCAGCCUGCUGUGUCGUGUGGCCCAGGACUCUCCCCAUCUCAUCUUAUACCCAGCAAUCGUGGGUUCUAUCUCUUUGGGAGGAGAGGCGCAGGCUGCAGGAAGCAAGCUGCCCUCUGCACUCCCCACACUGCUGAGUAACAUCCAGGGUGAAGGACUGUGUCGUGGGGAGAGUGAGGGGGAAAGUGCCCCUGCCUCCCAAGAGAGCAACAAAGGAGAGGAGCUGGUGCCUUGUUCCAGCGAAGACCAGGCCAUGAUGCAGGACUGCUACAGCAAGAUUGUGGACAAGCUGUCCUCUGCCAACCCCACAAUGGUGCUCCAGGUUCAGAUGUUAGUAGGAGAGCUGCGGCGCAUCACCCUGCUCUGGGAUGAGCUCUGGUUGGGGGUCCUGCAGCAGCAGCACAUGCAUGUCCUGCGCAGAAUUCAGCAGCUGGAGGACGAGGUCAAGAGAGUGCAAAACAAUAACACUCUGCGCAAGGAGGAGAAGAUUGCAAUCAUGCGAGAGAAGCACUCUGCACUGAUGAAGCCAGUGGUCUUUGCACUGGAACACGUCCGCAGCAUCACUGCUGCCCCCGCAGAGACACCACAUGAGACCUGGUUCCAGGAGACCUUUGGAGAUGCCAUCGACAACUCCCUGGAGAGGCUGAGGAACCCCUCCAACCCAGCCAACCCAGCCAGCAGCUGGGUUCCAUUCAAACAGAUCAUGCUGAGCUUGCAGCAGAGAGCACAGAAGCGUGCCAGUUACCUGCUGCAGCUGGAUGAAAUCAGCCCAUGCCUGGCCACCAUGGAGAGCACGGAGAUUGCUCUGCCCGGAGAGGUCUCUGCUACUGAUGCUGUCACCAUCCAGAGUGUGGGCAACACCAUAACCAUCCUGCCGACCAAAACAAAGCCCAAGAAACUCUAUUUCCUUGGCUCUGACGGCAGAAACUACCCCUACCUGUUUAAAGGGCUGGAAGACUUGCACCUUGACGAGCGGAUUAUGCAGUUCUUAUCAAUUGUGAACACCAUGUUCACUAAGGUGAACCAGCAGGAGAGCCCUCAUUUCCAGGCUCGCCACUACUCGGUCACGCCCCUGGGGACACGCUCUGGACUCAUUCAGUGGGUGGACGGGGCCACACCCCUCUUCGGGCUCUACAAGCGUUGGCAACAGCGUGAGGCUGUACUGCAGGCACAAAAGGCCCAGGAUUCAUUUCAGCAGCCCCAGAAUCCACCCAUGGUUCCUCGCCCAAGCGAGCUCUACUACAGCAAGAUCAGCCCCGCCCUGAAAGCUGUGGGACUCAGUUUGGAUGUGUCACGUCGAGACUGGCCGCUGAGCGUCAUGAGGGAUGUCCUGAAGGAGCUAAUGGAGGCCACACCACCCAACCUACUGGCCAAGGAGCUGUGGUGUUCCUGCACCACCCCCAGCGAGUGGUGGAGAGUCACUCAGUCCUACGCCAGGUCCACUGCAGUGAUGUCCAUGGUGGGUUACAUCAUUGGGCUGGGUGAUCGGCACCUGGACAAUGUGCUGAUUGACAUGACCACUGGAGAGGUGGUUCAUAUUGACUACAACGUCUGCUUUGAGAAAGGAAAGAGUCUGCGGGUGCCUGAGAAGGUUCCCUUUCGCAUGACGCACAACAUUGAGACAGCACUGGGGGUUACAGGGGUUGAGGGCAUCUUCAGACUGUCCUGUGAACAGGUGAUUCAAAUGAUGCGGCGUGGGCGUGAGACCCUGCUGACGCUGCUGGAGGCCUUUGUGUAUGACCCCCUGGUGGACUGGACUGCUGGGGGAGAGGUGGGCUUUGCUGGAGCAGUGUAUGGAGGGGGAGGCCAGCAGGCUGAGAACAAACAGAGCAAGAGGGAAAUGGAGAGGGACAUCACACGCAGUCUCUUCUCCUCCCGUGUGGCUGAAAUCAAGGUUAACUGGUUUAAAAACCGUGAAGAAAUGCUGUCGGUGCUGCCGGAGUUAGAGAGUGGAGUGGAGGAGUACCUGAAUCUCCAAGAGCAGCUCACAGAGGUGGAGAAACUGCAGGGCAAGCUUUUGGAGGAGAUUGAGUUUCUGGAUGGAGCAGAAAAUAGGACGGACCACCUCAUUCACACACUGGCGCAUAGGUACUCGGAGCAUACUCAACUUCAGUCUCGGGAGCAUGCGGUCCAGGAGGCGAUCCAGGUGAAGCUUUCAGAUUUCGAUCAAUGGAUCUCGCAGUACCAGACUGCCUUUGCUAGUCUGGAGGCAACCCAGCUCGCCAGCCUUCUUCAGGAGAUUAGCAGCCCCAUUGACCUGGGCCCACCCAGCUAUGUUCCUGCCACAGCCUUCCUUCAGAAUGCUGGCCAGGCACACCUGAUCAGCCAGUGCGAGCAGCUGGAAGGGGAGGUGGGGGCGCUGUUUCAGCAGAGACGCUCCCUGCUGCGUGGCUGCCUUGAGCACCUGCACAGCUAUGCCACUGUGGCCCUGUUGUACCCCCGCGCUGUCUUCCUCCGCCAUCGUGCUUACGCCUGGAAGCAGUGGAUGGAGGAGCUGAUUUGUGACAUGACUGUAGACCACUGCCAGGCAAUCUACUGCAAAUAUGAGAUUCAGUAUGCAGCCCAGCCGCCUCCUUCCACCUGCCAGUUCCUAUCUAGCACUGAAAUGACACUGCAGCACCACGCAGCUGACACAAAUUCACGGCUGCUGCGGCAAGCAGAGCGCUUGAAGGCAGAAGGUGCCAGUGUAUCGGUGUGUGAGGAGCAGCUGCAGGAGAUUGAGCGCUGCAUCACUGUGUUCCUGCAUGAGAAUGGAGAGCUGGGCUCACUCAGCCUGGCUGGAAUACUCGUCUCAGCACUCUGCACACUCACCAGGCGUAACCUGGUGAUGGAAGGAGCAGCGGCAAGUGCGGGAGAGCAGCUGAUGGAGCUGACUUCCCGGGAUGGAGCCUGGUUCCUGGAGGAGCUCUGCAGCAUGAGUGGGAACGUGGCCUGCCUGGUACAGCUGCUGCAACAAUGCCAACUCCUGCCACAUGACCUGGAAAUUCCCAGCCCCUCUGAGACCGCCCAGGCUGUCUACCUGGCCAAUGGAGUCUACACCUGUCUGCAGGAGCUGAACACCAAUUUCCGACAGAUCAUCUUCCCAGAGGCUCUGCGUUGCAUGAUGAAGGGAGAAAGCACCCUGGAGAACAUGCUGGCUGAGCUGGACACACUGAUUGAGCAGAAUGCAGACGGGGUCUCCCUUCAGGGGCUGGGUGAGGCGCUGCAGACGCACCUCCGCAAUGCCGCCAUGGGAUUGGAAGAGGAGGCAGACGCCCACUACCUCGAUGUCACCAGGAUGCUGCGAGCCCAGUACUCUGAGCUGAUCCAGCCUCGCAACCUGCAGGGCUUGGUGCAGGACACACCCAAGAUGAGUGCAGGCCAGAUGUUACUGGUGGCCUUUGAUGGGAUGUUUGCUCAGCUGGAGACGGCAUUUGGACUCCUGACUGAAAAGCUCAACAAGAUGGAAGUACCGCCUGCCUGGCGGAAGAUCGAUGUGAUACGGGAGGCGCGGGCAGCACAGGUAAACUUCUUCAACAGUGCUCGGCACAGGCAGGUCCUGGAGGGGAUCUUCUUCCUCAAGCGGCUGCAGACCAUCCGUGAGUUCUUCAGGCUCUGUAGAUCUUUCGCACAGACAGUGUCUGGAACAAGCCCAUCCUCCACAGAUGAACCUGGCGCCCCGAAUGGCCCAGUGUCAUUGGUCCAGGUUAAGCCCCUGUAUCGCAAUGCUGCCGUUGUCAGCGAAGACCAGAUGGCACGACCCAUCAAGUCAUUCACAGCAGACUUUGUCAGACAGCUACUAAUGGGGCUGCCUACGCAGGCAUUGGGACUUGCACUGUGCAGUGCACUGAGUGCCCUGGGCAUGGACCUCAUUGCUCAGGUGGAGGCCAAGGACUUUGGGGCGGAGGGCAAGGUGUCUCUGGAUGACCUGUGUAAGAAGGCAGUGGAGCAGGGAGUACAGGCCGGCCGGCUGUCGCAGCUCCUCCUCAACAGAGCCACCGUCCUGGCCAGCUCCUAUGAUGCGGCCUGGAAGAAACUGGACCUGGUGCGUCGCCUGGAGACCAACAUCGAGGCCUGCAAGGUCAUCCUGCAGAGAGCACAGCUCCACAUCGCCAUGUUCCAGUGGCAGCAUGAAGACGUCCUGGGAACUCGGAACCAGCCAAUGACAGUCAGCCCGUCACCACGCUCUGCCAUCCUUGGCAACAUGAAGAAGAAGCUGCACGCGCUCAGUCAGAUCGAAGCUUCCAUUGCCAGCGUACAGGAGAAGUUGGCAUCACUAGAGGGCAGUAUCGAGCAACGGUUGAAGUGGGCAGGGGGAGCAAACCCAGCAUUGGCUCCUGUGCUGCAGGAUUUUGAAGUGACCAUUGGUGAGCGGCGAUCGCUGGUCAUAAAGGAGGGACAGCGCGCCAACCAGGUGACGUUCCUGUGCAGCACCAUCCUGAACUUUGAGAGCCUGCGAACACGCACCCCUGAGGCUCUCAGCAUGGAUGCGACGCUCUUCGAGCUACUCAAGAGAUGCCAGGCCACCUGCUCCUUCGCAGCACAGUUUAGCAGCUCCGUCUCGCUGCUGGAGCUGCGCCUCCUUAACAGGCUUAGUCCUGGACUUGACCUGCCGAUUGGUGACCCUGAUUGGCUUGCGUGCGCCCAGAAACAGCUGACCCAGGAGAUGUCUGCUCAGAGAUCAGUGCAGGCAGAGCGGGAGCAGCACAUAGAGUGCGUCUCAGAGAGCCUGCAGGGGCUGGUGGACGCCAUCAAGAGCAUCCUGUCCAGUCACAACCGGCAGCUUGGUGAUGUCAAGCACCUGCUGAGGGCCAUGGCCAAGGACGAAGAGAAUGCUCUUGCAGAAGGUGAGGAGAUCACGUACGAGGGCAGUGUGCGACAGUUCUUGUCGGAGUAUAAGGUGUGGCAAGACAACGUCCAGAUUGUGCUGUUCACGGUGGUGCAGUCCACAGGGCAGCUACGCAGCCAAGAGCAGGUGGAGCUGCUGCAGGAGAUCCCACCUACUCUGAAGGAGCUGAAAUCGCAAAGUCAGAGGAUCUAUAACGGGCUGGUAGGCUUUGCAUCACCUUUGGUGACUGAGCGAGUGAGUGACUGCACCAGCCCCACAUCUUCUGGGCUGCAGACCAGCUUUGCUGCAGCUGUGCGCUGUAGCACUCUGAAGACUCAGCCAGACAGCAUGUCUCAGAAUGCCCGCAAGCCGCUUCCGCGAAACCUGGACACCCCGGCAGACACCCCACCUAGCACCCUGCUACUCACCAGUAAAGGUCUGGCCCCCAGUCCCAAGAGAGCUGUGCGUGACCCAAAAACGGGAAGAGCUGUGCAGGAGCGGAAUUCGUAUGCUGUGAGCGUGUGGAAACGAGUGAAGGCAAAACUGGAGGGGAGAGAUGUGGAUCCCAACAGGAGGAUGAGUGCGGCAGAGCAAGUGGAUUAUGUGAUCAAAGAGGCUACAAAUGUGGAUAACCUGGCCCAGUUAUAUGAAGGGUGGACAGCAUGGGUGUGAAUGUGAAGCCAA